GUUGCCUAUUGUUUGUGUGCAAUAUGGUGCCGAAGCGGUGAAGCCGAUAAAUUUCCAGAAAUCAAAAAUAUAAACUGUUGUUUCUCCAAUACACCAAUUGUAAACUACUUAAACAAUAUUCUUGUGAAGAAUGAGGAUUUUUUAUUAAAUUUGUUAUAUCAAUAUCAAAAAUAUGGAAGGCAAAAGCAGAGAACAAAACUCUAAUUUCAGAUAUAACCAUCACUCUAAAACUUCAAGAAGUACACAUCGAAAAUUUGAUCCCAAAUGUCAAGAAGCAACCCCAGAAAUGCUUCGAAUAGAAAUAGACAAUAUUUUUAAAGAGUUCUUGGAUAAUCCAGAUGCUAACGAAUAUAUAUUUUCUGCAAAUCUCAACAACUUGCAGAGGAAGUAUAUCCACAAUAAAGCUCAAAAACUGAAUAUUAUUUCCAAAUCUUUCGGGAAAGAGCCAGAUAGAAAGUUACAUUUGAAAAAGAGAGGUAAACAGUUGUCUAAUCAAUCAUUUCUUCUCACACCAAGUCCAAAUUCACAAAAGUUUUUACGCGAUUUUGUACAAGCUCCUGCACCUUCAUAUCAAGAAAUGGAAAAUAAUGUUAGAACAUUAUAUAGGGAUAAGAUCGUUGGUAAGUUAAUCAACUCACCUGCUGAGAUCCCUCGUCAGCUGAUGAUUUCUGAAAAUAUUGAGCAUAUCAGAUCAAAUCUUCCAAUUUUUGAGAAAAAACAUACAAUCAUAGAAACUAUCAGGAAUAACCGAGUAGUGAUUAUUUCUUCUGAAACGGGUUCAGGAAAAACAACACAAGUUCCACAAUUCAUUAUGGAAGACAUGGCAGAAAUGAGACAGCCAUGUAAAAUUAUUUGCACUCAACCUAGAAGGAUAUCAACAAUAACAGCUGCUGAACGAGUGUCUUUUGAGAGAAGUGAUAAAGUUGGUGGUUCUGUAGGAUAUCAUAUUAAACUGGAACAGAAAUACGGUUUGCAGACUAAUUUGAUAUAUUGUACCACAGGGGUAUUUUUGAGGAACUUGAUGAGUGGGCAUGAUGGAUUGAAAAAUAUAACUCAUAUCAUCUUAGAUGAAGUUCACGAGAGGGAUAAAUUGUCUGAUUUUCUUUUAAUAUGUUUAAAACAAGCUGUCAGCAAAUACACUAACCUUAAAAUUAUUUUGAUGUCUGCAACAGUUGAUGUUAACAAAUUUUUGGAUUACUUUGGAGAAGGAAGAGUGCUUACUAUUCCUGGACGUCUGUAUAUAAUUGAAACCAUGUUUCUAGAGAAUAUUCUUGUUUUAACCAAAUACAUGUCACAGAAGAUGAAAGCAUUUCUAAAAAAAGAAAAAGACAAAAAAUCAGUUGCUUUGUAUUCUGUAGAAUCUGAAGUUGCCGGUAAAGAAGAAAAUUUACUAGUAGAUGAUGCACUUGAGGAAUAUAUGAAUUUUAGUGAAAACUAUGAUUACCGAAUUCACUAUGAGGAAGCGACUGCUCAAUUAAGCAUGUAUUAUUUGUCUGAGGGAGUAUCUGUUGAUUAUCAACACUCUGAAAAUGGUAGAACAGCUUUGAUGAUUGCUGCAUUUCUUGCCGAUAAAGAAUUCAUUAGCAGAUUGUGCAACAUGGGGGUACUUUGUUUAGCAGGAGUUAAACGAGCUCAACAUUUGAAUACAGAUGAAUUGUGGAAUACUGAUAGUACCGCCCCAGAGUUUUUUGCAGCGGUUUUAUCUGAGCAUCGUUUUCAUACUCUUAUCCAGGCAAUUCGAUUUGAUGACAAAACUACGAGAGAAGAAAGAGCAAAAGAUGAUAAUUUGGCACCUGGCCGUUACUUGUUCGAUUCAUUUGUGGAAAAAUGUAUCCAAAAUUACAGUGUUGGUGAAUAUUUAACCAUACCGGCAAAAUACGGUAUUAAGAUUUAUGCGGCUGUAGCUGCUCGAACGUUCUACACACAUAAUCUGGAAGUUUAUGCUGGAAAACAACCAAAUGGGCCUUACCAGUUAGCCAACGAUGCAGCAAGUGUUGUCAAACGACUUUUGAAACAUUGUAGUGGAAGCGGCAGAAACGUUACAGUUGAUAAUUACUUCACAUCAAUCCCUCUAGCAAAAGAUCUUCUAGAACAUCAUAAAAUUACUUUGGUGAGAACCCUAAGGAAGAAUAAAAGGGAAAUUCCACCCAUAUUUUUCAAUACUAAAAUUCGUAAGGAAAAAAUUAGUAUGUUCGCUUAUGGACAAAAUUCAAACCGCUGUAUGCUGAUAUCCUAUAUACCAAAGCGCCAUAAAAAUGUUUUGAUGUUAUCAACCUUCCAUGAUGACGAUGAAAUUGAUUUGGAUACAGGAGAUCAACAAAAACCUGCGGUAAUUACCUUCUAUAAUCUUACUAAGGGGGCUGUCGACGUAGUUGAUACAAUGAAAACGGAAUAUUGUGUUACGAGGGUCAGUAACAUUAACACUAUUUUGCUCCUUGUUGAACAUUGGGGGCAUAAAUUCCCAAAUAAUUUAUACCGCUAA